CUGACUAGUCAAACCAAAACCCCUCCGCAGCCCUGGAACCGGAACACCUCACGCUGGCACCGGCACAUCGCGCUCGCCGCCGGCCGCCGCAGCACGUGGCCUCAUCGAUCGUCGCCGCCCUGUCUCGCGUCUCCUCCUCCUCCGAUCUCCGCGAAUCGAUCUCGUGUGAUUAACUAGAGCUAUGAGCAUGGGUGGCGAGGCGGCAUUCACUUCCUCUUCUACUCCCCAUUCACAACCUCAGGAAACUGAAGCUAUUCAAUGUAGAGUGGAGAGUGUUAAACGACACCUAUCCAGAUUGGUUGUGAAAUCUCUCUGUGCAGUCGCAGCUGAUUUUGAUGUGGAGCCAAUGCUCGAAGUCUCGAAAUCAGGAUUUAGUGACUACCAGUGCAACAACGCAAUGAGCUUAUUUCCACGUAUAAGAGAAUCUGCAACAAACCUCGGGAACCCCAAUGCAGUUGGACAGGCAAUUGCAGACAACCUUCCUCCUUCCAGAAUUGUUGAAUCCACCUCUGUUGUUGGACCUGGAUAUGUUAACAUAGUUCUAUCCAGUGAUUGGAUCGCACAGAGGAUACAAGACAUGCUUAUCCAUGGGAUCGAAUCAUGGUCACCAAUCUUGCCAGUUAAGAGGGUGGUGCUUGAUUUUUCAUCUCCUAAUAUUGCAAAGGAGAUGCACGUUGGGCAUAUAAGAUCAACCAUAAUUGGAGAUACACUAGCUCGCAUAUUUGAGUUUGCGAAUAUUGAAGUUCUUCGUUGUAACCAUGUGGGAGACUGGGGUACACAGUUUGGAAUGCUGAUACAAUUUCUGUUUGAGAAAUUCCCAAAUGGGGAGGAAGCUGCCAACCAGGCCAUUGGGGAUCUUCAGAGUUUUUACAGAGAUGCCAAGAAAAAAUUCGACGAGGAUCCUGAUUUUAAAGGCAGGGCUCAGCAAGCAGUAGUUCGCCUGCAGAGAGGGGAAGAUAGAUACCUAGCUGCCUGGAAAAGUAUUUGUCAAAUUAGCCGGAAUGAGUUUGACUUGGUGUACAAACGCCUUAAUGUGGAACUUGAAGAAAAGGGUGAGAGCUUUUACAAUCCUUACAUUCCUCGUGUUUUGGAGGAAUUGACUGGCAAAGGCUUGAUUACAGAAAGUAAAGGCGCUCGAGUUAUAGAAGGCCGAAAGCCUCCUCUGAUAGUGGUCAAGAGAGAUGGAGGCUUCAACUAUGCUUCUACAGACUUGGCUGCUCUUUGGUACCGGCUUAAUGUGGAGAUGGCAGAAUGGAUAAUAUAUGUAACGGAUGUAGGUCAGCAGCAACACUUCCAUUCGGUUUUCAGUGCUGCUAGGAUGGCUGGCUGGCUCCCAGAUCAAAAAGAAGAGAAGUACCCGAAGGCAAGCCAUGUUGGUUUUGGCUUUGUUCUUGGUGCAGACGGCUCACGUUUCCGGACCCGUUCCUCUGAUGGAGCUGUUCGACUGGUAGAUCUACUUGAUGAGGCUAAAUCCCAGAGCCUGGCACAACUUAUCAAACGUCUCACUGAAAAUGGUCAAAUUGCUAAAUGGACGGAUGAGGAGCUGGAUAAAACUUCAGAGGCUAUAGGAUAUGGUGCUGUUAAGUAUGCAGAUCUUAAAAACAAUCGGCUGACGGACUACAAAUUUAGCUACGAACAAAUGCUAAGUGACAAGGGAAAUACCGCUGUGUACCUUCAGUAUGCACACGCCCGUAUCUGUUCCAUCAUCCAGAAAUCUAACAAGGAUGUCGAAGAGUUGAAAAUGACUGAAUUUAUUACUCUCGGCCAUCCUGACGAGCGUUCCUUAGGAUUGCAUCUCAUCCAAUUUGCAGAGGUUGUCGAGCAGAUCUGUGACGACCUGUCGCCCCAUCGCCUUUGUGACUACCUGUACACCCUAUCUGAAAGAUUCUCACAAUUUUACACCAACUGCCAGGUGGUCGGGUCACCGGAGGAAACGAGCCGCCUGCUGCUGUGCCAAGCGACGGCCAUCGUCAUGCGGCAGUGCUUCCACCUGUUAGGCAUAACACCAGUGCACAAGCUAUAGAAGUUGAUCGAUGCUCUAGUUACUACCUCAUCUCCGGGCUUAGCAAAUCCUUACUGAACUCUGUAACAUGACAGUUUUAGUGGACGGGAUCUUGUAAAUAUCAGUAUGUCGUCCAUGCCACAGUUUGUGGGAGAUCAUAAUAGCUCACAAGUAUGUCUGUCUUUACUACAUCAGCAACAUCAUAAUAGCAAGGCUGUGGGAUUUUAUUGUUUGAAA